AUGAUACCGAAGGCAAGGAACUACCAGUCCGAUAGUCAAGAUCGAUGUAAUGACCAAUCUACGCCGUUUGAACCAAUUAGAAUCAUUGAUAAACAAAGUCUAGAGUAUGUUAUUAGAUCAGGAAUAGCAGGGGGAAUAGCAGGAAGUGCAGCUAAGACAUUGAUUGCACCAUUAGAUAGAAUCAAAAUUUUAUUUCAAACAUCGAAUCCGGAAUUUAUUAAGUAUCGAGGUACUAUGUCAGGAUUAGUUAAAGCUGGUAAUAAAAUAUUAAAAAAUGAUGGGUUUGCUGGUUUAUUUCAAGGACACUCUGUUACAUUACUUAGAAUAUUUCCGUAUGCUGCUAUAAAGUUUGUUGCAUACGAGCAAAUUAGAACUUUAUUAAUACCAAAUGAUAAUUACGAGACUGCAUCAAGAAGAUUCUUAGCUGGUUCAUUAAGUGGAUUGUCUAGUGUUUUCUUCACUUAUCCAUUAGAUUUGAUUAGAGUUAGACUAGCAUUCGAAACAAGACAUUUACAUCCAAAUAACGCUCCAAAUAGAAAAAUAUCGUCCAUUAUAAUGAAUGUUUAUAAAGAAAAACCACCUCAUAGAAUAAAUGAUCCAUAUUGGAUUAAAUUUUUAAGAGAAAAAUUACCUCAACCUUUAAUAUCAAUUUCAAAUUUUUAUAGAGGUUAUGCUCCUACAAUUUUAGGUAUGAUACCUUAUGCGGGAGUUUCGUUUUAUACCCAUGAUUUGAUUCAUGAUAUUUUCCGUUCCAAUCUCAUAUCAAAAUACACUGUUAAAGAUCAAAACUCUCCAGGCUCUAGAAUCAUCAAGAAAUCAAAGGAUAAUACCGAACAUGUUAAUUCGAGAGAUUCAAGAGUUCCUUUGAAAGCUUAUGCUCAAUUAAUAGCUGGUGGGUUAUCAGGUAUGUGUUCCCAAACUGCAGCAUAUCCCUUUGAAGUGAUUCGUAGAAGAAUGCAAGUCGGUGGUGCAGUUAACCAAGGUAGAUUCUUAUCUUUUAGAAGUACAGUUGGGUUGGUUUAUAAAGAAAUGGGAUUUAAAGGUUUUUUCGUUGGUUUAAGUAUUGGUUAUAUUAAGGUUAUCCCAAUGAGUGCUUGUUCAUUUUACGUUUACGAAAGAGCUAAAGUAUUACUAGGUAUUUAG